CAAUGGAUACCGCUCAAAACUCCUCUUCUUUCAGCUGCGAAAUCAGUAUCCUACAAGCCAUAAACUUAGAGUUCAAAUCUCCUAAGAAUCUCUUCGUUAGAUACUAUCUUUCUGCAGGUAACAACGAGAGGAUUCGCCUCAACACCCAACAACAGAUCUCCUCCAAAUCCGACUUCAUUUGGAACCAGUCUUUCUCAUUGGAGUGUUUGGGUACGCAAGAUUCUAUCCACGCCCUCAAGCAAUCAACCGUUGUCUUCGAGCUGCGGCAGGCCAAGACACUGCCUUUGCUCGGCAGAAUUUUGGGGUGGUCUCGGCUCCUUGGCAGGGGUGAGAUCCCUUGGGAGGAAGUUUUUGGAUCGCCGAACAUGGAAGUUGCUAAAUGGGCGUGUUUGGUUCGUGAAGGAUUGGGCCUCAAGCAACCCAAGUUGAAGGUGGGGAUGAGAGUGAGGGUUAAUAAAAUGGAAAGGGAGAUGAAGAGAAAGCGAUGUGGGAAAUGGAAGGAUGAGUGUGGAUGCAAUUGUAAGAUGGAUUAUUGUGCGGAUCAUGACGUCUUUGCUAUUGCUGCCGCUAUGGAAUUCUUAUAGCCAGCGCCUCACCCCAUGCAUGCAAAUUCAUUAAUUAGUGCCACUUCAAGAAUCUCUUUCUACUU